CAGCCCAGGGCGUAACUUGAGCACCGCUUAUCGCAAUGCACGAACCUCGGUUCUACACGCUGAUAAUAGGCGGCGCUAGCAGCGUUGACAUAGCGCUCAGACUGUGUGCUUUGAAGCGUUAAAGCGUGAAACAACAGUAGAGACCAGAAAAAAGCCCGAAAGGAGUGACAACAAACGAACCCAAAAGGACGUCGCUGGACGGCUGUUAAUAGGCUACUGGUUCCAAUGUCCUCAUUUUACGACUCACUUAUGUUUCGCUGAAGUAAACGUGUCUGACGGAUCUUUUGAAAACUUGCUGUUGAAAGUGGAUUUAGAACUGCACAGAGCCGUUUAGGAGAGAGUAAACUGAAGACGCUGGAUCUGUUAAUCACGCCGUAUUUAAAAGUAACAUUCAAGAGACCCAGUCACAUGCAAACAACCGUUGAAAGCAAUGAAGAUUCGGGGCAGACGCUGCAAAAGAAGAGUUCCUUCUCCCUCUUCGAUUCAGCGAAUGGCUGGUCCCUCCGAGGGAAGAAGAGGAAACAGAGGAGGAGAGAGGCCGACGCCCUGAGCCUGUGCAGUCUGGACAUCAAUGAACCCAGUAAUAAAAGGGUGAAGCCCCUGUCCCGGGUCACAUCUCUGGCCAGCCUCAUCCCCCCUGUGAAGGCAGCGCCCCUCAAACGCAUUGGCCAGUCACUGCAGCGCUCCAUCAGUUUCCGAAGUGAGAGCCGGACAGAGGGGGCCCUGCCGCGACCAUGGAGCCGCCACGCCCCCCCCGCCACCACCAAGCGCCGCGACAGCAAGCUGUGGAGCGAGACCUUCGACGUGCGGCUCGGCCACAUGCUGUCCUCCAAAGAAAUCAAACGGCAGGAGGCUAUCUUCGAACUGUCUCAGGGGGAGCAGGACCUGAUUGAGGACCUGAAGCUGGCUAAGAAGGCCUACCACGACCCCAUGCUGAAGCUGUCAAUCAUGACCGAGCAGGAGCUCAACCAGAUCUUCGGAACCCUGGACUCUCUCAUCCCUCUUCACGAAGAUCUGCUGAGUCGCCUCAGAGAGGCCAGGAAACCAGAUGGCUCCACGGACCACAUCGGACACAUCCUGGUCGACUGGCUGCCCUGCCUGGACUCCUACAACGGCUACUGCAGCAACCAGGUGGCGGCCAAGGCCCUGCUGGACCACAAGAAGCAGGACCACCGCGUGCAGGACUUCCUGCAGCGCUGCCUGGAGUCGCCCUUCAGCCGCAAGCUGGACCUGUGGAACUUUCUGGACAUCCCGCGCUCCCGGCUGGUCAAGUACCCGCUGCUGCUGCGCGAGAUCCUCAAGCACACGCCCAACGACCACCCCGACCGACAGUACCUGGAGGAGGCGAUCAAUAUAAUCCAGGGCAUUGUGGCAGAGAUCAACGCGCAGACCGGCGAGUCGGAAUGCCGAUACUACAAGGAGCGGCUGCUGUACCUGGAGGAGAGCCAGAGGGAUCUGCUCAUCGACCGCUCCCGCGUGCUCACCUGCCACGGAGACCUGAAGAACAACAGAGGCGCCAAGCUGCACGUCUUCCUGUUCCAGGACGUGCUGGUGAUCACGCGCGCCGUCACGCUCAACGAGCAGCUGUGCUACCAGCUGUACCGCCAGCCCAUCCCCGUGCGCCUCCUGGACUGGGAGGACCUGCAGGACGGCGAGAUCCGGCUGGGCGGCUCCAUCCGCGGGGCCUUCAGCAACAACGAGAGGACCAAGAACUUCUUCCGGGUGACGUUCCGCAGCGGCACGCAGCUCCAGUCCUACUCUUUCCAGGCCAGCGACGCCUUCAACAAGCAGCAGUGGCUCAACUGCAUCCGGCAGGCGAAGGGCGCGGCGGGGAGCGGGGCUGGGGGCGGGGCCGGGGACCCUCCCUCGGGACAGGCGGGGCCCAGGCCGGAGAGCAUGGAGCACAGCGACAGCGAGGUGUCGGACUGUAGCAUGGACACCAGCGAGGCGGUCCCUGACUGCCCUCAGAUGGAGCACACGAACACGAGGUCUGACCCCUCCGCCGAGGUCUGAUUCCUGGGGAGGGGGCGCGUUCCGUCGCCCCUCUCACGGCCCGACACCCCCUCGCCCCCACUUCCCUCUGAAGCGGUCUUGUACAGUAUUGGACCAUGGAGGCCCACCUGCACCCUGGGAGUGGACAGCAGUAUGUGGAAAGCACUUCUUCUUCCUUGAUGCCUUCUCUUUCUUCGUGUCUGUUUUGUUUGUCUGAGCAUUCAUUCUCUCUUUCUCUCUGCCGUUUUCCUGAUAUACGGCGGUGGUGUUCUCCAUGGCAGUGUGUCCUGUGGGCGGGAGGGGAAGGGGCAUCUCUGCGUUCUGCAGAGGGGAGGAGGGUAGGGGUGUCAGUGUUCUUUAGGAAGGGGCGAGGUCACUGUCUCCCUCUCACCCUCCUGCUGAGUGGAGUUUCUGACUCAGGGACAAAAGGUCCUGGGUGUGGCCGGGUCCUGAGGAAGAAAUGGGAGGGAGUGGCGCCGCACCCAUCAAACCCUCACCUCGGGAUGGGAGGCACUGCCCACACGACCCCCCAGCCACUGCCCUUCUGCUGUGCCCUCUCAGCGGAAAGCCCAGGCAGAUUUAUGUAUAUUUAUGUAGGCAGUAGGGAACAUAGUGUUUACAGUGAGUGAAUAUCCAGUCAAAAUGACCAGCAGAAUGUUUUAAGACAAUCAAGGGAGAGUAGCAGGGGAUGUGAAGUGGUGUGAAGCGUUUGGGUUUUUCUGGUGCACCGAGGUCGAAGGUCGGGAGGCGGGUGCUGUGUUCCUGUGACUCUGUACCACGGCUUUUUUACCCUUAGUUCUCUCUCCAGUAGAAGAAGAGAGUGAGCUUUGAAAGGCGUGGCUCUGACACUCUGCAGCGAAUGGCAGUCUGAUCUGUGAGAUGCUUCAGAAGGACAGCCAAUGAAAAAACACUGUGAGCAAAUCCAGCAGGCCACUUCCCAGCUAACAAAAUGUUCUCUCAAUGUUGCUGCCAUGUAGUGGCAUUGUAAUAACAUUGAAUAAACAUUGCAGUAACAUUCUGAGAACAUUUUGUGUUAGCUGGGUUCAACCCGAGAGGCCACUGUGAAGCCACAGGCCUCUGAGGUCCAGGCCGGCUGCAUUCUCUCACACGACUGGAGCAGAAGGGAGAGGAGACUGGGGGCGGGACAGGGUCUGUGUGUUUGUGUUUUGAGUGCAGAGCCAUGCUGGGGGAAAAGAGCCCUGUCUCUCAGAGAGACAGAUCACGCCAUUGGACACAUUCACGCCCACAACCUUAAAAGCAGCCUCUGUCUCAGGGGGAACAUGGAGCGCUGGCCUGUUGUCUGAAGUCUGCAUUAACACUGGCCCUACGCGUGGGGUCAGAGGCAAGAAACACGUAUUAUCACUCCGUAAUAUGACGUUCGGAUUCCGAGAGAAGCACUUCGAUUGGACAAAGAUCAAGAGACUGUACAUUCCCUCAAAGGUGUUCAUCACCUUAGACACGUUAGUCACUGACCCCCCCCCCCCCUCCUCCCGUGCACAGGGCACUGUGAAAGUAUAGCCUGUCAAAACAUGGGGGGGGGCUGUCUUAUGCGUAAGUCACAUCGUGGGGUAACAAAGCCAGUAUGAUGUAGCUGUUGCUGUCUGAGGUCUGGUAAUUGUUGGAUGAAAGUCAAGUAAUUUGCCCGGGUCGUUUACCUUCUUCAUGUUAAAACAGAACUAAAAGAUAAAGUUAUUAAAUUAAGCUGAAGGUUUUUUUUCUGACUGUGUAAGCGAGUAGUUUGCUUUGCCCUGUGUAGCUUGUGCAGACCUGCUUUAGUCACUGGAUGUUCUGUGUGCUGAACUGACGCACACAGAGCUCAAACUAAGACCGCUCAAGCAUUGCCAAAAAUGUGUUCUGUUGUUGUUGUUGUUUUCGUUUUGUCUUUGUUUUUUUUUGUCUUGUGCCAGUUUACCUGUUUGUACCUGUUUGGCCUAUUUGUCUUGUUUUGUUAAGUCACAUGUGUUAAAGAAAUUGUGACCAGGUAAUCACUAUCAAAAUUUAUCCAAAAUGUAUGCCUUUUUUUUUUUCUUUGUUUUUUUUUUUUUAAGAAAUGUAUUGAAAUUUAUCCUUUAGGACAUUUAUUUAUAGUGUUUUUCCCACAGUGGCUUAUUGUUUUGUUCUUAUUGUUGGUGACUUUGGAGACAGGAUGUGACAUAAUGGCACAGGAAAUGCAAGGACAGGAAAGAGAGAAUCACAGCCUCUCAGAAAGACCCGGUUGUGUGCGCGUGUCUGUGUGUGUGUCCAUGCAUGUGUGCGUGUAUGUGUGCGUGCAUAUUUGUGUGUGUGUGUGUUUGUGUGCUUUUGAUUUGUCCAAGAAAAGACACUGUUAUGUGAUGACAUUUGUGUUGAUGGAGCAAAAGAAAGAUGUAUGAUGGAACUGAAAACAUUACCAAAUAAAUGGCCUGAUUUCAGAAAUGUAAUAAAUGAUUGUUUUUCCCAUUGAAAUCUGAUACCUAUUGGGAGUGGUCGUGUAAUAGGAUGUUGUGUCACCACGUCUGUCCAGUACAGCCAGUUUGAGCUGUAGCAUAGAGUCUACCAGUGUAUGGAAUUCUACAAUUAGGCAGACUAUAAUACUUCUCCUCAACAAGGCUAAUCAACUCACAACUUUUUGGUGGAGCUCAUUUGGGUGAAUUGUGUCAAUGUCAUGCUCUUCAUAUCGUUGGGACGGCUACUGCUUUGUGGAUGAGGGCAUUUUCAUCUUGAAAGACAUCCUUCUGCAGGAAAAAAAAUGCAAGAAAGAAACGUUUGAACAUGGCUGAAGAUGGUGACACAGUACCACAAACAAUAAUCUUGCCUGCUAAGGGUAUGAGUAGAUCCAGUCCACCCCAGGACGUGCCAGGGCACCAAUGCAGGACCACCAGAGAACUUCACUGCUGAAGCACUGCUGUGUUUCCAUGGACCUGUUCACUGCCUGUCCCGUGUAAGGCCUGAUGGACAUAAAACCAGAUCGUUCCCAGUCCCGUGGGCUGCUAGGCCAGUCCCUUCCGAGCGCCCAGCAGCUGGAUGUGAACGGGAGAUCACAUGACUCGACGCCCAGGGUUCUUCUAGAAGAAUCCAGAAGAGUCUCCUCGAACGUAUUACAGAUAUGAAUAACACACAGGGUUAACCCCUAGAAACGGUCCAUUUCUGUCUUACUUUCGGAAGUAAGCAAGUAGACUCAUUCGUUUCUUGAGUUUCUAAAAUAUAAUUUCAGUUUUAUUGUACAGGUGACUGCCAAAAUAAAGGAAAUAUUGAUUGAAAGAUU